AUGGGUGUGCGUUUGUUGAACGGCCGCCCUCUUGACCUGGAGAAGAAGACGUAUGGAACAUGGCCCGGCCAAAGUCGUUGGGAGAGUCUGACGGGCGUCAAGCCGCUCAAGCGUACUACUAACCAACGUAGAGGAGGAUUUAUUUACUCUUGCAAGCAUGGAGCUUUGGUGAAGCGGAUGUAUGCACGCAGGUGUCCCAUGGGUCAAGGAUCCCCAUGCAGCGCUUACAUCCGGGACUGCGACGAACACCACCUGAGGGAGUAUAUUUUUGACUUUCUUGGUCUGGCCCCGCCGUCAAAGAGCGGAUGCUCCAUGCUGCAGCCCAAAAUCGAAAGACACUUCAAGGGAGAAAGCCGAAAGUUUCCCCAAAGGUUGGGUAAAGAGAAGGAUGGCAACGGGAACAAAUCCGAUGGAAUCGGGGGGCAUCUCGCAGAGAAGGGAACCCACGGUACGGCGCGGGAUGGGUAUUCCGCGGCCGGUAGCAGCCCAGCCCAGAUAGAGUCUGCCUCGUCUAGAGACGAGCAAUCGAAAGAUUCCUCACACAUGUCCCCCGCCUUUGACGGAGCCGGAUGGCUCGCUCCUUCGCUGUUCUUCGAGAGAAUUCUCGAAUGGUACGAUGAUGGUGGUGGCGGCGGUGGUGGUGGUGGAUAA